AUGCUGCCACCUAGUCUACCAAGUAGGAACGGAAAUGGGAGCGGAAGUGGAAUGGUCCAUCCAGAUGACGCUAUCAGGCAGACAGAUGAUGAUGCCUCAUCGUCAAGGGCCUCAGCAAUAUCCCUAGGCUACCUGACCGACCCAUUCUCUUCCAUAUUAUACAAAUCAUCUUUCUCCCCCGGUACCUCAUCUUCAACUACUCGUAAACCACCUUUGAUCAACAUAGGUACGCAUCACCGUACAAUCGGCAUCGAUACGCUGGUCAACCGGUUCUUAGACAAUGACGGUGGACAGGUAGGUAGACAGAUUGUAUCGUUAGGUGCAGGGAGCGACACGAGGUUUUGGAGGUUGAUGUCUCGAAAUCAUCCACCGAAUAUAUCCAAAUAUAUCGAAAUCGAUUUCCCUCACUUGACAUCCCCUAAAGCACAUCGUAUAUCCCGUUCCAAGAAACUCAAUUCUUACUUAUCACUCGAAUACAAGAUCUCACAGGGUGGUACACGUCUCGACUCACCUAAAUAUACACUCCUUCCUCUAGAUCUUCGUCCAACCCCAACCAAAAGUAUACAUCAACUAUUAGAUGAACAUGUAUUACCGUUAUUAGAUACUGGUUUACCGACGUUGUUUUUGGCGGAAUGUUUAUUCCCUUAUAUGCCUCCUGAUGAUAGUCAGAAUAUAAUUUCGUGGUUUGGGAGUAGGUUUGGCGAUUGCAUAGGUGUGAUAUAUGAGAUGAGUGGGCUGGAUGAUAGUUUUGGGAAAGUCAUGAAGAGGAAUUUAGCUUCACGAAACCUAUCUAUACCAGGAUCCGAACCCUUCCCGACCCCUCAAUCUCAAGCUCAAAGAUUUCUAGAUCCAUCUUCGGGGGAAGGUAUAUUCGAGAAAAGCGGUGUAAAGACUUUAUGGCAAGUUAGACAACAAGUCAUCGAUCCAGAGGAAUUGCAGCGUAUAUCAAAACUUGAAAUACUCGACGAGAUCGAAGAACUCAAAUUGGUUUUAGAACAUUAUGUGAUAGCUUGGGGAAUCAAAGGUGAUAAACUGACAAUGUCCAAGAUCACUUUGUGA